AUGGCUCUGCCCGCCUUGCUGCUCCUCUGCCUGGCCCUGCUGCUCGCCCUGGCCCGGCGCAGGCGCGCCCAGGCGGCGGCCCCGCUGCCCCCCGGGCCGCCCCCGCUGCCUCUGCUGGGCAACUUGCUCCACGUCGACGGCUGGGACAUCAUCCCGACCUUCCGCCGGCUCCAGGAGAAGUACGGGCCGGUGUUCACCUUCUACAUGGGGCCCCGGCCAACCGUGGUGCUGUGCGGCUACGAAGCCAUGAAGGAAGCAUUCACAGAUAAUGCCGAAGCGUUUGGCGGGAGAGCUCCGAUACAGGCCCUGGGCGAUACCAUUUCCAAGUACGGAGUGGUCAGCACCAAUGGGGAGCGCUGGAAGCAGCUCCGUCGCUUCACUCUCACCACCCUGAGGAACUUCGGGAUGGGGAAGAGAUCCAUCGAGGAGCGGAUCCAGGAGGAGGCCCGGUUCCUGGUGGAAGCGCUGCAGGAGACGCAAGGGCAUCCCUUUGACCCUACCUUUUACCUCAGUCAUGCCGUCUCCAACAUCAUCUGUUCUAUUGUGUUUGGCAACCGGUUUGAAUAUGAGGACAAGAACUUCACCACUUUGCUUGAGCUGAUCAAUACAUCUUUCCGGCUCAUGUCAUCCCCCGGGAUGCAGAUCUUUAAUGCUUUCCCGUGUUUGAAGCGGAUCUUUCCCAGUCCCCAUCGCAGACUAUCCAAAUGCUUCGAUGACAUCAUCAGCUUCGUCCUGCAGAGGGUCCAGAUGCACCGCGAGUCGUUCGAUCCAAAUUGCCCUCGAGACUUUAUUGACUCUUUCCUCGCCAAAAUGGAGCAGGAGAAAGAGAACCCGGUUUCUGAAUUCCAUGACAUGAACCUGGCUAUUACGGUUUUCAACCUAUUCUUUGCAGGGACGGAGACGGUCAGCAUCACCCUCCGAUAUGGGCUUCUCAUCCUCCUCCGGCACCCAGAGAUAGAAGCAAAGGUCCAAGAGGAGAUUGACCGGGUCAUCGGGAGGAACCGGAGCCCCUGCAUGGAGGACCGGAUCAAGAUGCCCUACACAGAUGCGGUUGUCCAUGAGAUCCAGCGGUUUGGGGACAUACUUCCUGUGGUGACUUCUCACUUAAUGACCCGUGACACCACAUUUCGGGGAUACAGCCUUCCCAAGGACACUGUGGUUGGGGUUUUCUUGACGUCUGUCCUGCAGGACCCUCAGUACUUUGAGACACCCAAGAAGUUCAAUCCUGGGCACUUCCUGGAUGAAAACGGGGCCUUCAAGAAGAGCGAGGCAUUCCUGCCGUUUUCAUCAGGUGACACACCUGGGGGUUUUUUCUUCAAAAAUGGGAUGUGUGCUUUGUCUUCUCUAGGCCUCUUUUCUAGCAACGGGGAGACCUGGAGGCAGCUCCGUCGCUUCGCCCUCACCACUCUACGGAACUUCGGGAUGGGGAAGCGGUCCAUCGAGGAGCGGGUCCAGGAGGAGAUCCAGUUCCUGAUGGAGGAAUGCAGGAAUACUCAAGGGUCACCCUUUGAUCCAACCUUUGUCCUACGCCGCUCUGUCUCCAAUGUCAUUUGUUCUGUGGUCUUUGGGGAGCGCUUUCGGUAUGACGAUAAGGAUUUUCAGACCCUUCUGGAUCUCAUCCAAGAGAACUUCCGGCGGGUGGAUACUGUUUGGGUACAGUUCUAUGGCCUCUUCCCUCAAAUCUUGAAGCACCUUCCUGGUCCACACAACAGGCUCUUUGAGAACUACGCGGAACAAAAACGUUUCGCAGCCAGGAUGGUCCAGAAACACGAGGACACUUUGGACCCAGACUCUCCUGGGGAUUACAUCGACACCUUCCUCAUCCGGAUGCGGCAGGACAGUGGGAAUCCCAGCAGCGAAUUCCACAAAGAAAACCUCAUUACCUCUGCACUGGACUUGUUCUUUGCGGGGACUGAAACCAUCAGCAGCACCCUGAGAUACGGCUUCCUGAUUCUCUUGAAGUACCCCCAAAUCACUGAGAGAAUCCAAGAGGAGAUAGACCAAAUAGUUGGGCAGAACCGGGCCCCGUCAAUGGAAGACAGGGUGAUGAUGCCGUAUACAGAUGCUGUGAUUCACGAGAUCCAGAGAUUCAUUGACAUUAAUCCACUUGGCAUACCCCAUUCUGUCACACGUGACACAGAGUUUGCAGGAUACACAAUUCCUAAGGGUACAUUUGUGUUUCCAUUGCUAAACUCCGUGUUGCACGACCCCAUCCAGUUCGAAGCCCCAGAGACCUUUGACCCAGGGCACUUCCUAGAUGAGAAGGGCAAGUUUAAGAAAUCUGCUGCUUUCAUGCCAUUUUCUGCAGGGAAACGCUCCUGCCCCGGAGAAGGCCUGGCUCGGAUGGAGCUCUUCCUCUACCUCAGCACUGUACUGCAGAACUUUGCCCUGGCCUCCCCCGCGGGCUGUGAGGAGAUCGACAUCACCCCAGAGUACAGCGGCUUUGGGAAAGCCUCGCGCCAGUACCAGCUGUGCCUCCUUCCUCGCUGAUACCUCAGGCCCACU